AUGACCUCUGCCAAAUUUUUCUACGAUAUGGCCCCGGCCUUCGACUGCAUAGGUUCCAUUGCUGGUGACAAUAGCAGCCUCGACCCAAGGACACUCAAAGUCCACCAGGUGGCCCCGAAAUACCGCACCUUGAAUCCGACACGUCCUCGCACCAUACAAUCUGAGCUGUGCCGACUUUUGGUCGUUCGGGAGGGAGAUACAGAUUCGCUCGCUACGUCGCCCACGGACACCGAGCGGAGACCGUUUAAUGCGGUGUCUUUCGGUAAUAAUCAAUUGAUUGCAUACACGGACGGUUAUCUCAUUGCACCCCCUACCUUGGAAGUGUUUGCCGUCGUGGAGGUAAAGGCAAUGAUCAUCAGGAACCGUAAGCAACAUCCCGAAGCUCUGUGGCAAGAGGCUGCAGAAAUGGUUGCAUGGAUCAUGAGUGAUGUCAACUCCCGGCAGUGCACCCUUGGACAGCGCAUCAUUGUUUCACAGGCAAGUACGAGCGCUCUCUGUUUCCGUUUUGCGGGCGUGUACCAUGACCCGUGA